GGAAACAAUUGUAGUUGAGUGAGAUUCUUGAAUUUGAUGUUCUGACUCACGCGACAAUUUCAUCGUCCUCCUCGUACUCAUGCGCUCUGCUACCUUAACCUAAGUGCACUGUGAGGUGAGUUUCUUGAGCACACGUGGGAAUGGCUGCUGCAUCUGGCACACCUGAGUUGGAGACUCAGACGUCUUCCGGCCAAGGUGUCCAUCCCAGGUUGGAUGUGUAUGUGUGGGACAUGGAUGAGACCCUUGUCCUGCUCAACUCCUUGCUUAAAUCGACUUAUGCCGAGGCUUUCAACGGUCUGAAGGAGGUGCGGAAGGGGGUGGAAAUUGGGAGGAUGUGGGAAAAUCUCAUUCUACAAAUAUGUGAUGAUCAUUUCUUCUAUGAACAAAUUGAAAAUUACAACAAACCUUUUCUUGAUGCUCUGGCCCAAUUUGAUGAUGGGAGGGACCUAUCUGAUUAUGACUUCUACCAAGAUGAAUUAGAUUCCCCACAUGAUGAUGCCAACAAAAGAAAACUAGCAUAUAGGCAUCGAGUCAUUGCCCAAAAGUACUUACAGGGUUUAAAGAAUAUUUUAGAUCACGAGACAAUAAAACUCUGGGAUGAAUUGUAUGAUAAAACUGAUGAAUACACAGACAGAUGGCUUUCAUCAGCACGGACCUUUUUGAAGGAGUGUUCGGCUGAAGAAGAUAAAGAUGCAGUUUCUUCUAAUGCUUCUAAUGCUUUUGCUAACACUAGCUCUAACUCAACUAAUGCAAAGUAUCAGCAUGUAAAUGUUUUAGUGACAUCUGGAUCGUUAAUUCCCUCACUUGUGAAAUGCAUGCUCUUUCGUUUGGACAGCUUAAUAACACAUGGAAAUGUUUAUAGCUCAUGGGAAGUGGGAAAAAUUCAAUGUUUUCGAUGGAUCAAGGAGCGUUUCAACCAUCCCAAUGUUCGCUUUUGUGCAAUUGGAGAUGGAUGGGAAGAGUGUGAAGCUGCAGAAAUCAUGAGAUGGCCAUUUAUUAAGAUUGACCCACGGCCAGGAAAACUUCACAGGUUCCCUGGUCUCACUUUGACAACAGUUAGCCACUACUUUUCUGUGGUGUAUGGAAGGACAAACAAUGAGAAUGAUGAAGAAUGAUGCAAGAUCUUCAUGUCAUCUCCACUUUUCUGGGAUCCCUGUCUGUACCAAUAAUAUAAAAUGAAUGCAGCAGCAUACCCAGCCAUUGUAUUGCCAAGUUUAUGGAUUGGUGUCAUGAUAUGGCUAUCAUUCUCAGGUGCUAAUUUCUUUUGAAGAAAUUAGAUGGAGCUAUUUUUUUAUGACAUGCGUGAUCACAACAUUAAGAUGUAGAAAUGAAUGUAAAUCAUGCACCACUUAUGUACAUAAGAUGUUUCAAAUUUAUCUCUGUGCACCUUCUACUGGGCCAUGAGCCCAUUUUUUGUAGUUUCUAUGCUUAUUUGGCAAUUAUAAGGCAAAUAUGAAGCCACACAUGGCUAACCAA